AUGUCUUCACAUGCUGGCAAGUUUGGGAAGGCGUUGGAAAUUCUUGACGGCACGGCUCAUCCAGUACCCUUUCUGGAAGAAAGAAGAAAAUCUAGAGCCAAAUUUUGGUCAACGAUGAGUGUUAAGUUUGGAGUGGACCUCAUAAACACUCCAGUAUUAAUACUUCCAUGGGUCAUUUUGAUCUUCUUCUUACAUGGUGGUGAUGGUGGGGAUGGCGAUUGUGGAGGUGGUGGUGGUGGUGGUGAGAGUAGUGCUGGUGGUGGUGAGAGUAGUGGUAGUGGUGAUGGUGGUGGUGGUGGUGGAGGAGGUAGAGGUGGAAGUGGAGGUAGAGGUGGAGGUGGUGGUGGUGGUGGUUGUGGUGGUGGUGGUGGUGGUGGCGGUGGUUGUGGAGGUAAUGAAUGUGGUAGUGCAAAUGGUGGAGUUGGAUGUGGAAGUGAAGGUGGUGUCAUUUUUUAA